AUGGACCAACAAGGGGGGCUGGAGGACACGGGAGAGAGAGCAAAGGAUGGAGCCAGGAGUGAGGGAAAGGGCCGAGAAAGGCCUUCGGUGAGUGCCCUGAACAGGGCCGGGGCACAGCAGCGUGCGGGCAGAGGCACGCCGGUGUGCGAAGGCAUGGGCCCCGAAGGUCCUGUGCGAGGGAGUCUGCGGAGCCGGGGCCCCGAAGGUCCUGUGCGAGGGAGUCUGCGGAGCCGGAGCGACGCGAGCUGCAGCAGAAACAACUGA